CCCGGUCUUUAUUUCCCCCACCCCCAAUCCUCCAGCGAGGCUUUACCAGUCGGUGGGAGAGACUGAGGAUGCUGUGAGCUGGUAACCCAGCGGCACAGUGAGAACCUCAGGGAGAGCUGGCAGCCAGAGGAACAUCUGCUAUUGAUUGGAGGCGAGGACCCUAAGAUCAAGAUUCAUGAGUGAGCUCCCAUUUUUCUGGUGGACACAGUGAAGAUUGGAACAUGAGUGGACUCUGUGAUUUACCAGACAACUUAGCAAAAUGGACAAAAAAGCAUGUGAAGGACUGGGUGAUUAGUCUGAACCUUGAUCAGGAAUAUGCUGACAUACUAUACAAUGAAGAUGUCAGUGGAGUGGUGUUGAAAGAACUUACUAAAGAGGACUUACGUGAUUUGGGCAUAAAGGGUGGACCAGCGACAUUGAUAAUACGGAAGCGAGAUGAAUUCAUCAAGGGCUCAAAGUCGGAAGCAAAGCUUGCAGCCUGCACUAAUGAUGAACAAAUCUGUUCAGAACGAUCCUCAUCUUCAGGAGCAAAUAGUUCAGGUUGUAAGGCAGUUACCAAUAAUGAAUCAGAAUCUCAGAGCACUAAAACAGAUUCUACUGAACUCGCAAAGAAUUUUUCACAAGCAAAACACAACAUUAAGAAGAGACAAGACAAAACUGAACCCGAUCACUGUACCAUUAAUUGUCCAGCAGACACAGAAAUGCACGUUAACUUGGCCACUUCAACAAAACCCGAGGAAGAUGAGAUAAAAAGGCAGGAGUGUUCACAGCAGCCGUCUGCAAAAAUACAACCUGUUACAAAGUCAAAACUAAGAUGUGAACCAUAUCCAUUCGAUGAACGCCAUGUAGGCACACGAUACAUAGAAAAUUCUACUCUGUGUCCUGAAACUGGACCCUCCAAUCUAAUUGACCCAGUACAUGAGUUUAAGCUAUUUAAUUUAACAGGAGAUGCGACAGAGGAUGAUAUGAGGAAGAAAUUUAGCAAUGAAGUUUUUAGAUUCUCAGCUGCAUGCAUGAAUAGCAGAACGAAUGGGACCAUCCACUUUGGGGUAGGAGAUACAGGUUCUGGAUAUGAACAUGGUGAGAUUAUAGGUGUGUCUGUGGACAAUCCAGCUAAAUAUAUUGACCAUAUUUCUAACAAUUUUGCUCAGUAUUUUGAGAAAGAAAAGAUUGAGCACGCAAAGUUAUGCAUUAGACCACCUCGAUUUGUGGAGGUGUUGAACUCAAAUCAAACACUGUCAGAAAAAUUUGUAAUUGAAGUCGAUAUUGUGCCAAGCAUCAGGAUUUGUGAGUCCAUACUGUAUCAUAUUUACAUGAUGAAUAAGGUCAAUGGGAAAUGGAUGAAAAGUAAAGAAAAACAUCUCUUCAUACGUGAUGGAGGUAGCUCCAGGGAUAUUCUGAGAAAUAAGAAUCUCACAGAAAGGGAGGCAGAAUACAGACAAUUCCACACGGAGACGUUAAAAACCUUAGACGAUAAAAGGAAAAGUGCUGAAGGAAAACCACAAAGGCAGACAAAGAAACAGGAGGGAUACAAGCUGAUCAGGAUGAUUACGGGUGGCUCAGAAAUGAUGGACACAUCCUAUUACCAGUGGUACAUAUUAGUGACAAACAAAUCCCAGCAAACUCAAACAUACAAUUUUGAGUUUCUGAAGGAAAUGAAUUUGUUUUGUGUGCUUGAAUUUGAUCCUGAGUCUCUAGCCAGUGGGGUGUGUAAGUCAUAUCGUGAAGAUAGAGCUGCAAAUCUCCAUUUCCCUAGUCACUUCCAAGAUAUUGAUACAGCAGUUACUGAAAAGAUUGAACAACUGAACCUGUACAAGCAAACAAGCUGGAUAUUUUGUAAUGGAAGGUCAGACCUUGAUGAUCAGAACUAUAAGCCAUUAAUCCCCAAAAUGUGGUAUAAAGAACGAGCUGCAGAUGUCAGGAAAUUGGUUUCAUUUCUGUGCCGAGUAGACAUCAUGCCAAAAGGGAAAUUUCUGGUAGUUUUUCUGAUCCUGUCUAAAGUAGAUGAUCCAAAAGAUCCAUUUCUUGAAACCUUCUGUUCAUUUUUUCAGGAACUGAAAGGGACAGAAGACAUAUUGUGUAUUUGUGAAAGUGACCAAACGUUCUUGCGAUGGAAGGACCUCAUGCUGUGCACAUGUGAAUCGUACGAACUUACAGAGAGAUGUGUUUCUGCCUUGAGCCUUGAUGAAGUCAAUGCUACUGUUCUAAAAUUGAAAUCCGUUACGCGGUCGACAAAACGAUUCUUACCCUCUGCAACUUCAGCCUCUGUUAUCCUCCAGAAAAAAGAGGAAGAGCUCUUGACUGCACUCGAAAUCUUGUGUGAAAAUGAAUGUGAGGGCACUGAAAUAGAAAAUGAUCCAAAUCGUUUUAAGGCGUUUCAAAAAUCCAAAGAGGAGCAGUUUUACCGGGGUGGCAAAGCAUCCUGGUGGAACUUCUACUUUGACACAAAAGUUCCUUUUAUCAAACGAGACAGUUACGCUAACCUCAAAGAAUUGAUUAAUGCAAAAUCAUCUUCUGCCAUGUGUGUGAAGAUUAUCAAUUUAUUUCAUCAUCCAGGCUGUGGUGGGACAACUUUAGCCAUGCAUUUUUUAUGGGAAUCGAGGAAGAAAUUCAGGUGUGCCGUGUUGAAAAACAGUAAAGAAGACUUUGUGGAAAUUGGGAAGCAAGUCAUUCAUCUAGUCACUUAUCAAGUAGCAGCUAACUCAGAAUACUUACCAGUAUUACUGCUGGUGGAUGACUUUGAAGAAUUAGAAAAUGUGCAUGUGUUACAGAACUCAAUUCAGGCUAUAGUUGCAGAGAAAGGCCUACGGUUUGAGUGGCCUCUGGUCAUCAUUCUAAACUGUAUGAGAUCCCAGGAUCCAGUCAGAAGUUCAAAAAAGAGUGUUUUGGAUAGUGUUGCUCUCAAACAUGAGCUGUCCUUUAAAGAGCAACGAUCGUUUAAACUAAAGCUUGAGGAAAUUGAGGAACAACACUCAAAACCUGAAAACUUCUACUCCUUCAUGAUUAUGAAGAGUAACUUUGACAAAAAGUACAUCGAAAAUGUGGUACACAACAGUUUGAAGGACUUGAAUACUCAGAGCAAGCAAGGACAGCUGAUUUCAAUCUUGGCCUUGCUGAAUUGGUACGUGAAAGAUUCUUCAAUGUCAGUUUCAAAAUGUGAAGAAUUUCUGGGAUUAGGACAGGUCAAAACAUCUUUCUGGGGACCAGAAAAGUUUGAGGAUGCAAUGGGCACUUACUGCAACCUUCUAAUUCGCGUAGAAGUGGAAGAGUAUGGAAGAUAUGAGGGAAUUCGAAUCAUCCACCCCUUGAUUGCACACCGUUGCUUGGAUGAAUUGAAGCAAUAUUACAAGCUUUCCAAGAGUGAGAUUGUUUUGAAACUGCUCAGUCAAGACAUAUUUCUUCGACGUAGCAUUGGAAAAGAAAAACUGCUACAAGACACUUGGAGCUUGUUGAUUACCAGACAACGGAAAGAGCAUGGUGAUGAAGCUGAUACUUUGUUCUCCCCUUUAAUUGAAGCAUUACAGAGUGAGGAAGGAAAUAAUCAGGUUGUGAAUGUUUUGACAGAAGCAUCAAGCAGGUUUGACCAGAAUCCCUUCAUUUCCCAGGUUCUGGCAAGGCAUUUCUAUCUGAUAGCAAAGGACUAUGAUUCAGCACUUCACUGGGCGACUAAAGCUAAGGAGCGGGCAAGAGAUAAUUCUUACGUUGCUGAUACAUUAGGCCAAGUAUUCAAAAGCAAGUUAAAAUACAGAAUGGAGUGUGUUGAGAUUGCAAAACAAACUGAGGUGACUCCUCAACAGUUGAGGGAGUUCCUGGAUCUUGCACAAUCUGCUUCAAAUGCUUUCAGAGAAUCUCAGCAACUGACAGGAAAAAAAGGAGAGAGCAGUCUUGAAUGGGUAACACCAAGUUCUAAACGGAAAUAUGAUGUGUACAACACUUCUGGUUAUUUAGGAGAGAUUGAAGUUGCUUUGUGUGUUAUGGAUAUCCUUAGGAUGAUACCAUUCUUCAGUGGAAAUAACGACAUUGGUGAAAUGAAAUUAAGGGAUUUACUUUCAGGUAACUUGAAUCUUGAGCACAUUGAAAAGAUAAACGAGAAAGAUGAGGAGUUAUGUUCAGUGGUCGGAGAAUACAACCGAUACGUGAUUAAUCUCCAGAUCACUAUGAAAACAGCCUUUGACUUUUUUGAAGACUACUUCGUCCAUUUCAAAACAAAAAAUAUUGAGAGAGAAAUAGCGGAAUUUAAAAUUCGCAGAAAAGUUUCAGAUUGUUUUUCAAAAUACACCAAAAUAUUCUGUUCAUCAUACAUUGAAAUGAGGGAUGCAAGGAAAAACAGGCCAAAGCUCAGCCUGCCACUUGAGUUGGAAGAAUGCAAGAAGUUUUUGGAGUCCCAAAAAGCGGACCGUUUCGCUGGUCUGCUUGAGUUCCUUACAAACAAUCAUGAAAUUGGAUCAAGAGUGGAAGAAAUCGUCAGCAAAUAUGAAUUUCUCCUUCAGAAAUCAGCACCUCCAUUAACAAGAUACAAACAAAAUUUUAUAUUGGCUACCAUUGUACUGAACUGUGUUAAACCAAAGUCCAAAAAAAUCGAAACUUAUAAUAAACUUAGAGAACUUCUGAAGCAGGUUCUGCAAGAUGUCGGGUUCGAUUAUGGACACGUUGACCCAUAUUUCUUGGUUUCCUUACUAUUUUGGCCAACAAAUUAUAAUGAAAUUAAUGAAGAUUCCAGAUUCCUUCUUAAGUAUGAUAAUGCAAUCAAACAGUCAUUUAGAGGGCGUUAUGGACGAAUGAGUCGUUCCAAACAUCCUGUUGCACAUUUCUAUCUUGGCAAGAAAGAGGGCUUGAACAGAUUUGUUCACAAAGCAAAAAUCGAUCAGUUCUUCAGUAAGGUGCCACAACUGAAUACUUUAUGGCAAUCUGGAGAAAUCUGGAAAACAGACGAAGUCAAAAAGCUGCUUCUUCGUUUGAAUGGUAGAACAGGGGAAGAUAACAAAGUGUACGUUGAGUUUGGCAGCACUGAGAAAAUCAAAAUUCCUGUGCGUCCUGUAUACCUGGGCAAACUGAGGAGUGGCCAAAGCAUUGAAAAAGUAUCCUUUUACUUGGGGUUCUCCAUGGAUGGACCAAUAGCAUAUGACAUAGAGAACACAAAUUAACAUUGAUAUACUCAAUAUAUAACUUUGAGCAUCAACCUUGUUACAAUGUCUACA